AUGGUGGAUACCUACGAUGGUCCUUUGGUGGACUAUUUUUCCGAUCUCAGCAGCCCAUCUAGCCCUACGCAGACUGCUUCAAUGAGCGAUAGUGAAGAGCCAUCAUCGAAGGAAAUCAACCGCCGUCUGACCCAAGCUCUGGACUACCUGGAUGACGAAGGAGGUGAUGACUCUCCCGCGACAUAUAUGGAGCGUGUAGCCAGAAUCGACGACCAUCUCAUACAGCAACUGCCUCAGCAAGGGGUCAACUUUGACAAUGCGCUCUAUCAACACUUGGGAGAUACUGUUAGACAAGAGCUGGAGGCUUAUGAUGCGGCCAGACAAAACGCACGAACCGUGCUGGAGAACAAAGAUUCUUUGCUGGAGAGCGGGUCUGAUGUGUCACUGGGCCAAAACCCAGAUUACCAUUCAGCAUACGUGACACACGCGCUACACAGAGUAGAUGAGCAAAUUCAUGAUCCUGUGGUUGGACCCCUGAGAAAAGGCCACAAAACCCAGGAAACAGUACAAACCAGGCGGAUAUUCAAGUACGGGGGACCGUCCAGUGAUGCUGAGGUCUGGCACAGAAAUUUCCCAGCGAUCCUGCCCUUCCCGGAAACACAUCAACUGACGCACUGGGAAAAUCUCAAAAUCGCCUUUGACCUUCAUGAAUCUGUGAAAGAGCAGAAAGCAGAGGGUGAUAUUGUCGAGACCAACGUAUCCUUCGACCAUCCAGCCCUUGACCAAUACAAAAACCUUGCCUUGUACGAAUCUGGGUCCCGAUUCAAACUCCCGACACCACCAAAGGAGAUUGAAGAAGAGAUAAGGCGGUUGUGCACGGUCGAUCAAAUAGCAAAAGCUGUGGAAGAAUUCAACACGGUCGAGGAGAAGGAUGAGUCUGGAAAGAGAUAUGCUCCGCGGAUCUUCCUGGAUACGCUGAGCGUUCAGCAGAAAAAUGGUCCAACAGAUAUCCGACGUGCUGUGAAUGCUUCACCCACCAAGCCACGUCAACGUUUAGUGCGAAGUGAUGCUCAGUCUGGCAGUGCAAACACUACUCAAGUGCAGUCGUCGACAACAAAGAGCUCAGCAACAGUUUCGAGCAGUGUUGCUGAAGUCACAUCAACUAUGGUUCAGACUCCUGCCAAGCUGUCCUCCGGAAAGCCACAAACGUCUCUCCUGCGAACACGAGAAAGCAGAGUGGCUAUUGCAAAUGACUUAGUUCUUGUGGCAAGGGAAGAGGCCCAGUCUGCAGAAAAGAUUGCACGCGCUGCGAGAGAAAAGACACGCAAAGCGACACUGGAUGCUCUCGGAAUAGCAGACCAAGCUAACGGAAAACUGCCAUCGGAUAAUUGUGUGCCAUCCCCUGUUUCUAGAAUGAUCAAUCGAGAGCGUGAGAUGUCGCUUGAGAAGAGUCCAAGGCGUCAGAGUGGAGUCAGUACCGCACCACCAAGUGCCAAAACAACUCCAACAAUGGAUGUCAUUCCUACCCAGGAGCCCGGUGAUGCACCUGGGUCUAAGCUACCGGUAGUAGAUAUGUCGCACUUGGUACACACACCCGCCGAUGUUACCACCCCCAAGCCCAGCAGCAGUAAGACUGUUAAGCGCAAACGUAGUAUUAGUGAUGAAGCCUAUACUCCAGAGAGCAAGUGCAGCAAGGUUAGAACGCCUUCAUCGUUGGGAAAGGGCACCAGUGGCAAGCAUCAGACUUCGGGAAAGUCGGUUCGCUUUAUGUCUGAAGACGAUUCGGAUGAUGGGUCAACCGAUAGUACCAUUAUUACAGCAGGUAAAGGUAAAAGGGUAAGGAAUCAAGCUACUCCCAAACCUGGAAAGAAGACAUCUCCAAGUCCCAAGACGAAUCCUAUCGAGGUAUCAACAGACGAUGCAAGCGAGACAAGCUCGUACCAAACCACUGCAGCUACCAGGAAGACUCCCAUUGCCAGAAAGCCCGCAGCAAAGCCUAGGACAAAGUCCAGAGGCAAGUCUGCAAACACUGGCGCAGUGGUCAAGCAAGAGAGCAGUAAAGCUACUGCGGCAAGUAAAGCGGUGCGUCGUAUACGGGCGAAAAAGGUAGUGAGGGAGCACGCUGGUGUAGAUGAGCACAUGGAGGAGCUCGAGGAGACUGCAGUGGAAAUCGCAAAAGUGAGAAGUAUAAGGGGUGGAGCAAGACAUGUCAAAUGAUGGGACCAAUGGGAUUGACCCAACGGCAUUGGUCACUGUGUUUUCUCGGCG